AUGAGGCUCGAGGGUACGCACGAUGUCGUUGUAUUAGGGGCUGGAGUUACUGGACUUCAAACCGCUGUGACCCUCCUUGAAGAAGGUUAUAGAGUCACUGUGAUAGCAGAUCAACUUCCAGGGGACAUUUCUCCGUGCUACGCUUCGCCGUGGGCCGGUGCUCAGUGGCGAUCGCACAGCUCUCCGGAUGAUGGCGAGCAGCAAUCUUGGGACAGAAAGUCGUAUCUCCACUGGAAACAGAUCUGCUUUGACGAGCAUGCGAGAAACGUCGCUUUUGAAGAGCGAAGUGGUCUCACUACGAGCGACGGCUUCUGGUUCAGAGAGUUCGUCGACGGAUUCGACUCUGCAGUGUCGGCAGGAGAGGCAGGCAAGCCCUAUGCAACAGUUCGCUAUCGAAGCGUAUUCGUCGAUGUUCCAAUCUAUCUUCGACAUCUGCUAGGGCGAGUCAGGCAACUCGGUGGCCAAGUCAUCAGGUCCAAAGUUCCCGACGACAACGGCAUCGCCGGCGCUGUCAAGGCCGCAUCUGACCUCGUCAAGCAAUAUAUUGGUCCAUGCCGCGCUCGCAAGUGUGUAUUCAUCAACGCAACGGGUCUGCGCGCACGACAAUUAUGCGGUGACAAGGCGGUGCAUCCUGUUCGAGGGCAAGUCCUGGUCGUGAAAGGAGUACCCAAAGAAGCUGCAACACGGCUAAGUCGGGACGAGGAGACCGGAGAAUCGACCCUCUCGUACGUAAUUCCGCGCCCAUUGAGCGGAGUCACGAUUAUCGGGGGCUGUAAUCAGAAGGACAAUUGGAACACUGACGAAGAUGUCGAGAUAACGGGGCAGAUCAAAGAACGAUGUGCUGCUCUCGCUCCUGAACUGUUGACAGGUCCCGGAAAGACUUUUGAGGUCAUUGGCUGCCAGAUCGGCCUCAGGCCUGCGCGGACUGGUGGUGCAAGAGUAGAAAGCGAGGCUAUUGGAGAUAGAUCUGGCGGUGUUCGCUGGGUCAUUCAUGCCUACGGUCACGGAGGCGGGGGCUUCCAGAACUCGAUUGGGGUGGCGGAGGAGGUAUCGCGGUUGGUGGCUGAACUACCCGAAAAAUCGAGGGCAAGGCUGUAA